UUUGUUUGGAGCCGGAAGCUGCAGGGAGCCACGAUGGUGUUGGCCAAAACACCUUGAGCCUUCCAUUUUGUCAUCACUUGUCAAAUUAUCUGGUGUUCUGGACGAUCGCAAUGUAGGAUCUUUUUACAAGGACAAAGGAACAUUUGGACUCCACGUUAUUGCAAGCAUCACGCGAGUUGUUAUUCAGGCCUUCGAAUUCGUCUCACGCAUACCAGAUAAGUUUCAAAGGAAUGUUAGUUCAAGAAAAUAUCAAUAUCUCGUAAUUGAUUAAAGUACUCUUGGUUGUUUAAAUUGAGAAAACCUUUGUUGUAUACAAUGAACAGUAAUGAUGAACUGCGUAGAACUAUUCUACGAGAAAUGCAGCAGUUUGGGUAAGUAAAUUGAAAACAGUUACAACUCAAAUCACUCGGUGGCACUAGUAUUUAUUGGAGCCGUUUGUUACAGGGAUUUUUAUUUAUGUUUAGAUGUUUUGCGAUGGCUGGGUUUUUAUGUGCACAUCUAGGUAUGAUGGUGAUUCCUUUGUUGAUGACCUGAAGAGAAGCACAUCCAGUCGUCAAAAGAGAGGAAAACCACCACGUUUGAACCGAUAUUACCACUAUUGUGUUUGGGCCCAUGCUUUAUUGCGAAAAAAGGUCGGUUCUCCAGAAGCAGAAUAUGGAUUUCCUUCAAGUAUAUUGGCCUACAUUCGUCAUCUGGUUCCUGGGGAUAUCAAGGGGGAAAUACGAGAGCAUGCAUAUACCGCAUCUGUGAAGGAGUUUUGUGAAGCUAUGGAGCUGCCAGAACCUUGAUCCAUUGCAGACUGCUGUGAAAUUACUUUAUUUCAAGAUAUUUAAAUAACAUUUGUUUAAAAAUGUAAUUUCACAUAUUCUUGUUCCUGUUUUUAUAAAUUAUUGCGAUUUUGAGCUGACAAUACGGGUUUCUAUUAUUUAGUUCUGCAAAGAACGUGCGCGAUACGGGGAAAGACCAUGGCUGAUAUGAGACCGUAUCAGCACUUCUCAUCUGCUCGCGAUCUGGUACGAUAGAGUUUAGAGGAAUUUUGAGCAUUUCUUUGCAGAAUUAAAUGAUAGACAGCUUAUCAUUAUUAGUUUAUCAUCAUGUAACAAUAUUAUAUAAAUACUGUAAGCCUAUAUUUUACUGUAUAUUUUUCAAUUUUGAGAUUGUAACUAUAGGGUAGUUGGU